CGCACUGCGGGGAUGGAGGCCGAGCGCGGGGCAGCGCGGCCGCGCGGCGCCGGGGACCCUCCCGGGGGCGGCGGCGGCGGCGGCCCCUGGGCGGAGGUGCUGGAGCUGGACGAGGACGAGGAGGACCUGGAGGUGUUCAGCAAGGAUGCUUCCUUGAUGGACAUAAAUUCCUUCAGUCCUAUGAUGCCAACGUCUCCUUUAUCAAUGAUCAACCAAGUCAAAUUUGAAGAUGAGCCAGAUGUGAAAGAUCUCUUCAUUACAGUUGAUGAACCUGAAAGCCAUGUCACUACAAUUGAAACUUUCAUCACUUACAGGAUCAUUACUAAGACAUCUCGUGGAGAAUUUGACUCCAGCGAAUUUGAAGUUAGGAGACGGUAUCAAGAUUUUAUUUGGUUGAAAGGAAAACUUGAAGAGGCACACCCCACUCUGAUUAUUCCACCACUGCCCGAGAAGUUUAUAGUGAAAGGAAUGGUCGAACGUUUUAAUGAUGACUUCAUUGAGACGCGCAGGAAGGCAUUGCAUAAAUUUUUGAACCGAAUUGCUGAUCAUCCAACUUUAACAUUUAAUGAAGACUUCAAAGUUUUUCUUACGGCACAAGCUUGGGAACUCUCUUCUCAUAAGAAGCAAGGGCCUGGGUUCCUGAGCAGAAUGGGGCAGACUGUCAGAGCUGUUGCAUCAUCAAUGAGAGGAGUUAAGAGCCGCCCAGAGGAGUUCAUGGAAAUGAACCAUUUUAUUGAACUAUUUAGCCAGAAAAUAAAUUUGCUAGAUAAAAUCUCUCAGAGAAUUUACAAGGAAGAAAGAGAAUAUUUUGAUGAAAUGAAAGAGUAUGGUCCCAUUCAUGUUCUGUGGUCAGCAUCAGAAGAAGAUCUGGUAGAUACUCUCAAAGGUGUUGCCGGCUCUCUGGAUAAAUGCUGCAAGGCCAGUGAAAAGCGAAUGUGUGGACUCUCAGAGGCCCUGCUUCCUGUCAUCCACGAGUACGUGCUCUACAGUGAAAUGUUAAUGGCUGUUAUGAAAAGAAGAGACCAAAUUCAAGCAGAACUGGAUUCCAAAGUUGAAGCUUUAGCCUAUAAAAAGGCAGAUACUGAUCUGCUUACCGAAGAGAUUGGAAAACUUGAAGAUAAAGUGGAAUGUGCUAAUAACGCUCUGAAGGCAGAUUGGGAAAGAUGGAAACAAAAUAUGCAAAAUGAUAUCAAGUCAGCAUUUACGGACAUGGCGGAGGAGAAUAUCCACUAUUAUGAACAGUGCCUUGCUACGUGGGAAUCCUUUCUUUCCUCACAGACCAACCUCCACAUGGAAGAAGCCUCUGAAGAUAAACCUUAAUCCUAUUAAGGACUUGUGUGUGAUCUUUGGAGAAAAGCAUCUAUUAACCAAAGUUAUUUUUUUUGAACGAACUGUGUCCUUGAUUCUGUAGAUGAAAUGUUUUGCAACUAUUUGGAAAACCAACAUCUUGAAACUCAGGUAUUCCAGAUUAUUGUCACAUAGCUAUAUACCUAUAUAAAGAGAUAGAUAUAUAAACUAAACCUAUUUUAGUUUUAAUUGUUUUCUUAAAGUUUUGUGCCAAUACUUUCAUAUAGAAGGUUGGUUUUUUUUCAAUGUCUAUGGAACAUGUCAUUUUACAUAUAUUGUAAAGACUCGGUUUUAAUAAGAAGUUUAAUACGCAACAACUGGCUGUGGUUUGUUCUUUUCUUUACUGGCAGCACAAACCUUUAAAGAAAAUUAUGAUCCGUAGUCACAGUGUUUUCCUUAAUGGCUGUAUCAAGACACUUUCCCACCAACUGUGAAUAAUGAUUCCCUGGCCUCCACCUCCUCUUAGCACACAUUCUUUUAUUUCUGAAUGCUAGCCAUUUUUAUAGGGGUGAGGUGACCCUCACUUUUGUUUGGGUUUGUAUUUUCCUAAAAGAGAAGUGAUGGACAACUUUUUCUGUGCUUCCUAGUCAAACACUCACUGAACAGAGAACUGGGAAUGUCGGUUAGAUGAUUGUAACACAUGCCUGGCACAUGUGAGAUUUUGAAUUUGAUCCUGGUUACCACGUGACCCCA